CGCGGAUCCGUUACUUUAUUGUUGUGUUGUGAUUUUUGGGAGUGAAAGUGCGUGAUUCGAUUCGGAAAUCGUUCUCUCGGCCAAUCAAGAUAUCGGAAAUAUCUAAACGAUGGAUGACUUGAGGGGGUUCUUGAGGCAAGCGGGACAGGAGUUCCUCAAUGCAGCCGGAGAGGCUGCGAUGGGAGCGGCCAAGGACGUGGUUGGAUCGGUGAUCAACGAGAUCUUCAUCAAGAAGGAGGCCGACACCAAGAGGGUUCUGCCCAGCAUCAAGAACAUGAGAGUGCUGGGAGAAAAGAGCUCGAAUCUGGGACCCUAUUCCGAAGUGCAGGACUAUGAGACGAUACUGAACAGUUGCCUGGCCAGCGGUUCACUUUUUGAAGAUCCCCUUUUCCCGGCUUCCAAUGAGUCCCUUCAGUUUUCUCGACGACCAGAUCGUCACAUUGAAUGGCUGAGACCUCAUGAAAUCGCCGAGAAUCCCCAGUUUUUUGUGGAGGGUUAUUCCCGCUUUGAUGUCCAACAAGGCGAGCUAGGCGAUUGUUGGCUUUUGGCUGCAACCGCCAAUUUAACGCAGGAAUCAAAUCUAUUUUUCCGCGUAAUCCCGGCAGAACAGAGCUUCGAAGAGAAUUAUGCUGGCAUAUUUCACUUCCGCUUCUGGCAGUAUGGCAAAUGGGUGGAUGUGAUUAUCGAUGACCGUUUGCCGACUUAUAAUGGAGAGCUGAUGUAUAUGCAUUCAACAGAGAAGAACGAAUUCUGGAGUGCUCUGUUGGAGAAAGCUUAUGCCAAACUCCAUGGAUCUUAUGAGGCUCUUAAAGGAGGCAGCACUUGUGAAGCCAUGGAAGAUUUCACAGGUGGUGUUAGCGAGUGGUACGAUUUGAAGGAGGCACCAGGAAAUCUCUUCACCAUUUUGCAAAAAGCCGCUGAACGGAAUUCCAUGAUGGGAUGCUCAAUCGAGCCAGAUCCGAAUGUCACAGAGGCAGAAACACCGCAGGGUUUGAUUCGCGGUCACGCUUACUCUAUUACUAAGGUCUGCUUAAUCGACAUAGUAACACCGAACCGUCAGGGAAAGAUCCCCAUGAUCAGAAUGCGCAAUCCUUGGGGCAAUGAGGCCGAGUGGAAUGGUCCCUGGAGUGAUAGCUCCCCUGAAUGGCGUUAUAUACCCGAAGAACAGAAGGCAGAGAUCGGACUCACUUUCGACAGAGAUGGAGAGUUCUGGAUGUCCUUCCAGGAUUUCCUUAGUCAUUUCGAUCGCGUGGAGAUUUGCAAUUUAUCCCCGGACUCGCUGACCGAGGACCAACAGCAGAGUGGCAAGAGGAAGUGGGAGAUGUCCAUGUACGAGGGCGAAUGGACACCUGGUGUUACUGCUGGUGGCUGCCGCAAUUUCCUCGAUACUUUCUGGCACAAUCCCCAGUACAUUAUCACGUUGGUGGAUCCCGAUGAGGAAGACGAAGAGGGACACUGCACGGUUAUUGUGGCCUUAAUGCAGAAAAAUCGCAGAUCCAAGCGUAAUAUGGGAAUGGAAUGUCUAACUAUCGGCUUCGCUAUCUAUAGUCUUAAUGAUCGCGAACUGGAGAACCGUCCGCAGGGUCUGAACUUCUUCAGGUACAAGUCAUCGGUGGGACGAUCUCCUCACUUCAUCAACACCAGAGAAGUGUGUGCUCGCUUCAAAUUGCCUCCUGGUCACUACCUGAUUGUGCCUUCAACUUUCGACCCUAACGAGGAGGGCGAGUUCAUCAUUCGAGUGUUCUCAGAAACUCAAAAUAACAUGGAAGAGAAUGAUGAUCAUGUGGGUUAUGGCGGCAAAGCCGAUCCGAUUACGCCUGGAUUUCCCACACCCAAGCCCUUGGAUCCUCAGAAGGAGAGCUUGCGACGUUUAUUCGACAGCAUCGCCGGAAAGGACAUGGAAGUUGAUUGGAUGGAGUUGAAACGCAUUUUGGACCAUUCUAUGCGAGAUGAUUUACCAAAGCCUGUUGUUUUUAACCGGUUCUCAAAUACCAACGCAUUUGAGACGCAGGCUGCAGGUCCUGGAGAUGAUGGUGCCGGCGCUUGUGGACUUUUGUCCUUGAUUUGCGGACCAUUUUUGAAGGGUACGCCAUUCGAAGAUCAGUUGGGAAUGAAUGAUCAGUCUAAUAAGAGGCUAAUCGGGGACAAUCCAAACGACGGUGGCCCUAUAACUGCAAAUGCAAUUGUGGAUGAGACCCACGGCUUCUCCAAAGAUGUUUGCCGUUCCAUGGUGGCCAUGUUGGAUGCUGAUAAGUCGGGAAAACUCGGAUUUGAGGAGUUCGAAACCCUGCUUUCGGAAAUCGCCAAAUGGAAGGCUAUAUUCAAGGUUUACGAUGUUGAGAAUACCGGCAGAGUAUCCGGAUUCCAGCUCCGCGAGGCCCUCAACUCUGCUGGCUAUCAUCUAAACAAUCGCGUGCUUAAUGCUUUGGGUCAUCGAUAUGGUUCACGAGAUGGCAAAAUUGCCUUUGAUGAUUUCAUCAUGUGCGCCGUUAAAAUUAAAACAUAUAUUGACAUUUUCAAGGAGCAGGACACCGAGAAAACCGAGACAGCCACGUUUACAUUGGAAGAAUGGAUAGAGCGCACAAUAUAUUCUUAAAAGGAAUCUUUUAUAUAAUAAGUUAGCAAAUCAACUUGAUCAAAUAUUUACGUGAAAUCUCCUUAUGGUAAUCUCCAAUAUUUCUUUAUAUAGUACAAACAAACAAUACUUCCGGAAAUCCCAACUUAUCCAACUUUAUAAUCAAAUCAUUAUAUUUAUGUGUCGAAUUCACCGAAUUUAUUGACUUGUUGACUCAGAUUGUUAUUACCCAAUAAAACUAUAUAUUAUUUUUGCAUUUCAAAGUAAAAUUGUAAUUUGAGCCAAUGUUAACUUAUUAAAUAACUCCAUUUCCGAUAUA